CCUGGCGCUUCCGAGUCUCUAUGGUGCCAAUUUCCGCCGCGCGUUGCACCUCGCGAGACUUCUGCGGCGCAGCAAUGGCGAGACCAUGCCGCGUCACUGCUCCGCCGCCGGCUGCUGCACACGGGACACGCGCGAGACGCGCAACCGCGGCAUCUCCUUCCACAGGUCAGCGCGCGUGCGUGCUGGCGCGCCAAGAUUCUCGUGCGCAUGCUCUCGUUUUGCUCAGCUCAUGGAGUCGCGAGCGCGCGUACGCCUUUCUGUUAAGCCGAGGCUUGAGUUUGUGGGUGGAGGAAGACUUCCCAAGAAGGACAACCCAAGGCGAGGCUUGUGGCUGGCCAACUGCCAGCGGCUGGACCCCAGCGGCCAGGGCCUGUGGGACCCGGCGUCCGAGUACAUCUACUUCUGCUCCAAACACUUCGAGGAGAACUGCUUUGAGCUGGUGGGAAUCAGUGGGUAUCACAGGCUGAAGGAGGGGGCAGUUCCCACGAUAUUUGAGUCUUUCUCCAAGUUGCGCCAGACAGCCAAGACCAAGGGGCACAGUUACCCGCCUGGCCCCACAGACGUCAGCCGGCUCCGGCGAUGCAGGAAGCGCUGCUCUGAGGGCCGAGGACCCACGACUCCAUUUUCUCCACCUCCACCUGGUGAUGUCACCUGCUUUCCUGUGGAAGAGGCCUCAGCCCCUGCUGCUUUGCCUGCUUCCCACGCUGGGAGGCUGGAGCCGGGCCUCAGCAGCCCCUUCUCAGACCUCCUGGGGCCCUUGGGUGCCCAGGCAGAUGAAGCGGGCUGCAGUGCCCAGCCCUCACCGGAGCAGGAGCCAGAGCGGCAGCCAUCCCCUCUGGAGCCACGGCCUGUCUCACCCUCAGCCUACAUGCUGCGCCUCCCACCACCCGCUGGAGCCUACAUCCAGAAUGAGCACAGCUACCAGGUGGGCAGUGCCCUACUCUGGAAGCGGCGGGCUGAGGCUGCACUUGAUGCCCUGGACAAGGCCCAGCGCCAGCUGCAGGCCUGUAAGCGGCGGGAGCAGCGGCUGCGGCUGCGGCUGACCAAGCUGCAGCAGGAGCGGGCACGGGAGAAGCGGGCACAGGCGGAUGCUCGCCAGACUCUGAAGGAGCACGUGCAGGACUUUGCCAUGCAGCUGAGCAGCAGUAUGGCCUGAGAGAAAGGCUGCCGGACCCCAGCUGACUUAGGGGCUCCCAUCAGGGCUCCGCCCCCUCUUUCCUCAGAAUCCACUUGGAAAGGGACCUGAUCUGAGCUGCCUCCACCAGACCCGCCAGACACCAUAAUAAAGAGGAUUCUAGAG